AGUAAGGAACGUAGUUUAAGAUGGCUUUGAGAUAGACUUUAUUUCUUCUGGAAAGAGACUGGAUAUCUGUUCCAAACGAACGCUCUCUACAGGGUUUCUGAUUUCCUCCACCCUCUUCUGGUUUUGGGGUGAAAGCGGAAGUGGAGACCAUAUAGCUUAGCAAAAUGUCAGUGGUUAAACCUAUAAUUACCAAGUUGUUGACCUGAAAGAAAAGACAGAAUGGCAGCUGAAGACAUAUAUUCAGAAGAGGAUCUCUCCUGUCCAGUGUGUUAUGACAUCUUCAGGGAUCCUGUUCUCCUUUCAUGUGACCACAGCGUCUGUAAAGAGUGUCUGGAAGUAUUCUGGAGAAAAAAGGAACGUCAGGAGUGUCCAGUGUGCAAACAGCUGAAUCUACAUGAUCCUGUUUGUAACUUCGCAUUGAAGAGUCUGUGUGAGGCUCACUUAGAGGAAUACAGUCAGAGAUAUUCAGGAGGCUCUGAACAGCACUGCAGCAUACACAAUGUGCAAUUUAAACUCUUCUGUCUGGAAGAUAAACAGCCUUUAUGUCAGAUUUGCCAAACGUCUCAACAACAUGAAGACCACGAAUGCUACCCAAUAGAUGAAACUGCAGAGCACCUUAGGAAGGAACUCAAAACUGCACUGAAGCCCUUACAUCAAAAGCUGAAUCGCUUCAGUCAAGUGAAACUGUCUUAUGACAAAACCAAAACUCAUGUUAAGAGACAGGCCCAGCAAACAGAGCAGCAGAUAAGGAAUGAGUUUAAGAAGCUUUACCAGUUUCUAAGACUUGAAGAGGCAAACAGAUUACUUGCACUGAGACAAGAAGAGCAGCAGAAGAUUCAGAUGAUGGAGGAGAAGAUUGAAGAGAUAAGCAAUCAGAUAUCGUCUCUUUUGAAAAAGACCAGAGCCAUAGAAGAGGAUAUAUGGACUGAAGAUCUCUUAUUCAUACAGAACUUUGAGUCCUCAAUGGCUAGAGCUCAGUGCUCCUUGCAGGAUCCACAGAUGGUUUCAGGAGCACUCAUUGAUGAAGCGAAGCACUUGGGCAACCUGGCUUUCAGAGUGUGGAUGAAAAUGAAGGACAUUGUGCAGUACAGUCCCGUCAUUCUGGAUCCCAACACCGCACACACCUACCUUAUGCUGUCUGACGAUCUGACCAGCGUGACUUUCGAUGAUACCCAAGACAUGACGCACCUUCCUGAUAAUCCAGAAAGGUUCGAGACAAGUGUGUGUGUCCUCGGCUCUGAGGGAUUUGACUCAGGGAGCCACUGCUGGGACAUUGAGGUUGGGGAUAGGAGUUUGUGGGAGGUGGGAAUAACCACAGAGUCUAAUCCAAAAAAUGGAGGGCUGUUUUAUGAUGGUGUCUGGAGUGUAGAGAAUAAUUCCGGGUUUUACACUCGCUCACCUGCUCGGCCAAAGUCUCCGUUCUCUGCUGAGGGAGGACUCCAGAGAAUCAGAAUACAGCUGGACUGGGACAGAGGACAGGUGUCCUUCUCUGACCCGUUCAACGACACUGAUAUAAAAAUCUUCCAUCACACAUUUACUGAGAAAGUCUAUCCAUUUUUCUGGAGUCUCAGGAAGAGCUCUCCUGUUAAGAUUAUUCCCAUGACCAUUUUACCUACGACAGUUCUUGAAACUGAAUGUUGAAACUAAUGUAAGAUCUGACUGAAGGCUCUGGAAUAUCUGUUUAGCUUAUGAAGAAAGACACACUGAUAGAGAAACAUUUCUGCAUACACUGAUAAAUCUGAACACAAGAGUGAGUGCUAAUGAUUUUUGGUAUUUUAUACAAAAUAACUAAACCGCAGAAUUUGUUUAAAAGCAGCACAUGUGCAUGUGUUUUCUCUUUUCUCACCUUUUUAAAAAAAAUUUUAUUAAAACAUUUCUACUGGUUUUUUCCUCAUGCUUUUUUUCCCCCUUCCAUUUCUCUCUCUCUAUCUUCCUGUUUUAGGAAUGGCUUUAAUAGUUCUAAAAAUGUAACUUUCUAACAAUGUCCUUAUUGUCCUUCAAAGACAGGUUUUGAUAAAGGAUAUGAAGGAAGAAUUCAAUUGAUCAGUAAAUCGAUACAGCUUUAAAAUUAUGAUUAUGCAAUGGAAAAAUGUAGUGAGAAUGAAAUUGUGUAAACAAUAAAUAUCAUUGCAAGAUAUAUCUCCAAAACCUUGAUUGUCUAAUUUUAAAUUUAAUGCUAUAGUGUUGCAUUAUGUAUUACACAAAAUCUGUGAAUUUUAUUCAGAUCUUCUUUUAACGUUAACUGGUUGCUUUGU